AUGGAAUCAAAAGCACCACCGCAAUCAAUCCCUCCCACCGUCCUCCGCCGCCUGAUCAUCCUCGAUACCGCCGUAUCCCUCAAACUCUACACCUUCUUUCAGCCCAUCCUCCCUUUCUCUCUCCUCAAAUCCCUAGAGCUCUCCGGCGAUGGCCGCCUCUUCUUCCCAAUCAUCCUCUCAAUUCUCCUCACCACAACCCCCGGCGUCGCCACCCUAACCAGCACAACCCCAACCCUAACCCCCACCGCUAAUCUCCUAUUAAACCUCCUAAUCGGAUCCCUAUUAGACCUCGUCUUAAUCGGGGUAAUCAAGCACUUAAUCCAACGGCCACGCCCUGUUUACAACAAGAACAUGUUUCUCUCAUUUGCCGUUGACCACUGGUCUUUCCCUAGUGGCCACUCUUCUAGGGUUUCGUUCAUCGCCACAUUUUGCUUCCUCUAUUCGAAUCAUAUUCGAGAAAUUCUGCUUAUCAAGGUAUUGAAUUUGUAUGCAAAGAGUGUGGUUGUGGAGUAUUUUGCUGUUGCUGUGGGGCUUUGGGCUUUCGUUACGUCGGUUUCUAGAGUGCUUCUCGGCCGGCAUUUCUUGCUUGAUGUUGUUUUCGGUGGGAUUUUGGGCUUGAUUGAAGGGAUGCUUGUUUUUCGACUUCUUAAUUAUCACAACUUGAGCUCGUGGUUUAUUCGAUGACAUCGCCUUAAAUGUAAGUUCUUUUUAUUUGCACUUGCAUUUCAGUUUUGGUCUGAGCUCAAUUGAUUAAGGCCUCGUUUGGUUGGGGAGAUUAGCCAUGAUUAACUAAAUAAU